CAUAGCGCCUGAACUAAAAAUUCACACUUCCCAGCGCAAUAUUAAUAAUAAACUGUUGUAUUUCGAAAUACAACAGUCAUUAAAUAAAUGACAGUCUCUACAAGAACGGAGAGGACUUUUGUUCGCUGUGGGGCGCCCCACGCACAGUUUUUACAUAAAAGUGUGAGCGAAGGAGAAGCCACACGAGCCAGGACGCGGAGAUCUGUUCGUGGUGUGGGCUUCUACAAAAUUACAAAACAGUUUCUUGUUUGUCGGCUGUCGCUGGGUAGGUGAGACAACAUUGUGAUGGCGGCCUUGACCGGAGGAGAGAUGUGCGUCAAAUACUUAAUGUUCGCCUUCAAUUUCAUAUUCUGGUUGGCAGGUACAGGUGUAUUGGCUGUGGGUCUCUGGCUGAGAUUUGAUCCCAAGACUAAAAACCUGUUUGAGGGGGAAAGCUCUCCCUAUGUGUUCUAUACAGGGGUGUAUAUCCUCAUAGCAGCAGGAGCAUUGAUGAUGGUGGUGGGGUUCUUCGGCUGCUGUGGAGCUAUUCAGGAGUCAGUGUGUAUGCUGGGCUUGUUGUUCUUCUUCCUGUUGCUUAUAUUUGCAGUGGAAGUAGCAGCUGGAAUUUGGGGAUUUUCCAAUCAAAGCAAGGUAGUUGAUGACAUCACUCAGUUCUACAGGCAAACGUACAACAACUAUAAAGAAAACAAGCAAGAAGCUCUUAAAGAAACCCUUCGUUUGAUUCAGCAAGGGCUUAACUGCUGUGGAACCUCCAGCACAUCUGAAGUCGUUCCUGAAGACACCUGUCCCAAAAAAGAAGGACUGGAGGGGCACAUGAUGAAGAGCUGCCCUGAUGCUAUUGACGAAGUCUUUAAUUCUAAACUGCAUAUUAUUGGAGGCAUCGGUAUUGGAAUUGGAGUCAUCAUGAUCUUUGGGAUGGUCUUUAGUAUGAUGCUGUGUUGUGCCAUCAAGAAGACCCGGGAGAUUGUGUGAGGGUAAUUUUACCUGGGAAACAGUGUAUUCAUGUUGCAUGAUGUAUGUCCCAAAGCACUUGCUCCAAUCUCAUCAGCUAAAGGCCAGUUAGAUCACACUAACAGUCACUAACUCCAAACAGUGCUGGGUUUCUUUUCACACUGGAGCCAGUGCCUGUCAGUGUGAAAAAAACCCAGCACUGCACUGGCUCCAGACAGUGCUGGGUUUCUUUUCACACCGACGGGCACUGGCUCCAGACAGUGCUGGGUUUCUUUUCACACCGACGGGCACUGGCUCCAGACAGUGCUGGGUUUCUUUUGUCUGGUGGGGAGUUCAGGCUUUUUCUCAGUGCAGCUGUAUGAUUGGUUCAAAUCAUGUGUUUAGAGGACUUUGUUAAGCCUAUUGAGAACCUUCAACUACUAACUUUGUAUAUUUUUUUAUCAUUACACUAGAUUUUAAAGACUAAAUAUUGUUUGCUCUGUGGCAUGUGAUGUAUUGCUUCUAUAGUUAUGAACUGAUAUGAGCUUUUUGAAUGUUAUAUUUGUUUGUGGUUUUUGAAUAGGGUUAUUUUGAGCUACCAGAAUCAAUGCACAUGGCUCAAAUAAAUAUUAAACAAUCCACAAAUUUUAUUGA